CUAAGUAUAUAUGAAUGUUGUGUAUUUAGAUAUAUAGUAUUUGCCUUAGAAAACAUACUGCUUUCAUAGACCCAUACUAACCAUUAUUUCACCUCAAAUGCUUAUCUUAGUCAUGCUUGACCAUCAUUUUAUCAGAGAUUUAUUUUUACACAAAACUUAAACUCAUCAAUAUUUAAAUUGUUCAUCUAAUUAAUUAUUCUGUUCAGUUUCUGAUAUUUUUUACAUUUUUUAUUACAAUACCUAACAUUUUUACAAUAGAAAAUAAAUCUCUGAUUGCAAGAAUGUACAUGUGUAUUUAGUUGUGGUUUGGGUGCUUUCUUCCUUAUCUGUAAAUACUUGUAGCUAUUAUAUUGACUAACUUUCUAUACUCAGCACAAAAAAGCACUAUAGUUUGAUGUAUAUUUUUUAAACCUUUAUAUUUCUCUGAGAAUCUUGAUACCACACAACAAUUACUUGCUUAUACAACUAUUUUUGUUUUGCUCUUUGAUUCACCAAUUGAAGUGUAACAAAUUAAGGCGAUAGUACAAUAUUAAAUUAAAUGUGUGAGUUUUAUUUUUGUGCUGAGUAUAUAUCCAAGCUAUGGUUUCUGCUUACUUUCCUAUUAGCCAUGAGAUAAUGUAAGAGUGAAGAUUGUUUUUAACUGGGCAUGUCAAGGCUUGUAACUGACAGUCUGCAAGAUGUAUAAAGCAUAUUUGAAAAAAUGCACUCUUACAUUAUCAAAAGGCAAAAAAGCAAGUAUAUAUUCCAAUAGCACUUCCUAUUUCCUUCUAUUGUAGCCAUCUGCCUCGCCAGUAUUUGGACAAAAGAAACAUUGUUAACAUUUAUUAAAGUAAGUAACACAUAUCAUUACAAUGGCAACUAACAUCACUUACAGUCUAGUAAUAGAAAAAGCCAAAAGUCUAGGAAAAAAUGAAUGUGCAAAGUGGCUACAGGAAAUUCACCAAACAACUAGUUCUGCUAAACCGCAUUAUAUGUCCUAUGUGUCUUCGAUAACUUCAUGCCAACGUGAACAUAGUAAACUGAUUAAAAGUAAAAACCGAGACAGUGGCAGGUCUAAGUACGAUAUAUUCAUGUGUGAUACAUAUGUCUUUCCUGAAGCAUCUCCUCAACUCAAAAAGCCUAAAGACAGAGAAAUUGCCUGUAAUUGUUCAUACCGUGAAGCCUGUAUUGACAUUGCUAUACAACUCAAAGAAAAAAACACAGAAAAUGAACAGUUAAAGUCUGAAAUUACAAAUCUUAAGAAAACUAAAGUUUCUAAAUUGACAGUCAAGAAAAUGAAAGCUGACAUUGUGAAUAACAAAAGACUGGUUCGUGUAUUGGAGUCUCGUCUGAAAUCGAAAAAUGCUUCACUAAGAAGAAUAAGACUAAAACAAAGUAGAGCAGAAACAAAGAACAUAAAAUUAAAAGUUCAGUUGGAACAAAUGGAAAAAAAUGUGAGUCAAUUAAAGGAAAUCAUUAAUCAAGAAACAGCAAUUUCGGUUGAGUUACAAGAAGAAGUGCAAAGAAAGCAAGCAGAAUAUGACAAUAUAGUUGCAGAAAGGGAUUGGUUGGCAGAAAUGGUGGAAGACAAUGAACUCUCAUUCUAUGAUGAGAACGGGAACAAAUACUUAUCUGAAUUAAGGGAGUGCAUAUAUAUGUUGCUCGAACUGAACGUUAGUGCCCAGAAUGUUGAGAAAGUUAUCCGAACUGUUUUGAAGUUAGUCAAUAAACACACAUAUAGGCUACCGUCAAAAAGUACAGUGCUGACUAUGAAUGUGGAAAGACUUGUACUGUCCCAAACUCAGCUAAAUGAACAGUUGCCAGACAAAACUAAUUUUACCUUUUACACAGACGAAACAACCAAAUUUGGGACUAAGUAUUCCGGAUACCAUACAUCAGACACAGAAGGUAGAAUGUAUGUAUUAGGUCAUCGACCGCUCGUCACCAAAUCAGGACAAGACACACUUAGUGUGCUCAAUGAAAUAUUACAAGAUAUUGAUGACCGAAGCAAAGAAGCAGACAUGACAGCAAAACGGAUCCUCAUAAACAUAUCUGCUACAAUGAGCGACAGAGCCAGUACCGAAAAGAAAUUCAAUGAGCUACUGCAAGAACUAAGGUCCAAUGUGUUACCAGAGUUGCAUGGAAAUUGGAAUGCUUUGUCUGAGGAAGAUCAAGUUGCUGCUAGCUCUGUUCUGAACUUCUUCUGUGGCCUCCAUGGGCUCGUGCACUUCGCAGAAUCUGCAAACCAGUCCCUGGCCGAAUGUGAAAAGGGCUUCUUUCAAGAUAGGCCAAUUCAUGACAAAUCAUUUCUGAAAGCAAAAGAAUCUGGUGCACUCAGACUAGUUCGGACAGCAUGCAAAGCGCUGGCACGGGGUGCUGAUGAGAAAUCAGGCAAGUUUAAGGACUUCAGCUCCUUCGUAAAGGACUUCUUGUCUGACAAUGGAAUGCACAGUCUCCCCCUACAACCAUUCCGUGGUAACCGUUUCAACAUACUGUUUGAAAGUGCGGCGUCCCUGUUCUUUUUGCAUCAGAAGAUAAGAGAAUUUCUAUCAGGCAAUCAGACAAACAACCUGCUGAAGUCAGUACUGUUUGAUAUCCAAGUUCCAGAGUACAUGGCUGGAGUAAAAGCUCUUGCGCUGAUCAGCAGACUAGUUACUGGGCCAUUAUGGUCUCUGUUAGAAGAUAGAACCAUCCAUGUAUUUGACAUGAACAUUCACUACCUACAGCUUGUGAUUUUCUUAAAUGAAGCUGCAACUGACAUGGAGUCUUUCAUAACUGGAAAAAUGAAAGUAUUUGGAGAUGCCACUGUAGUUAAACAUGAUCCAAUACUUGAAUCUUUGCUUGCUCCAUGGGAACAUGACGACAAGGUCAUUAUAUACCUGCAAGUAGCACUUCCAGCCUUAGCCGAGUUGUCACGGAAAAUGUAUGCUGAUCAUUUACCAGGUGGCCAAUGGGAACAUUUCACAGACGAGAUGAAAGGAAAGGCAUCAGGAACGCAAAAACACAAUAAAUUUGCAGAAUCAGCAUUUGGAUAUUUAGACCAGCUUUUGAGAAAGAAGCCAAACGUCUCUGUGCUUGCUUCUGAGGCAUAUUUGAUGUUUUCAGCCAACAGAACACACACUUGGUUGAAUGAAAAAGAUGAACACUUGAAAAAACAUUUGAUUGAAGAAGCAAUGCGUGAUGUUAAAAGAGUACGAUCUGACUUUCAGCAAAGGAAAUCAGAAAUUGAAAGGAAACACAAGGAAGCUGUGGCGCUGUCAAUCGAAAAGGCGAAGGCUCUUGAGCAGAAAAGGAUUCAAAAACUUGAAAGGUACACAGAUAGAAUCAUAUACUAUGGUUUAUGGCAGUCUGAAGAUGCUGUUGACAGUGCAUUGAGAGAGUUGGAUAGUGUAACAGAAAAAAAAGAAGCAUUGAAAUGUCAAUUGAAUUUUAGAAAGCAUGUUCUGAAGCAGAAUCCAUCUGAUGGAUUAGAAGACGUUUACAGAUUUUCUAAAUCUGAAAAUGGAAAGCGAAAAGACCUCACCACAGAAGAGCUGACUACAAAUGUUAAAAAGCUUGUGGCUCAUGCCUUUACAAUUACAGCAGAAAAUGACAAUUCAGAAACAGAUAGAGUAAUACUAACAGGAAAGAUGGUAGAGCAUAAGUUCGCCCAGAAUGGAGAAGAAAUCUGGUACAAGGGAAGAGUCAUCUCACAGGUAUUCAGUUCGACCGAUGACUGUAGCUCAACUAAAUUGUGUUUUUAUCAGUGCCAUGAAAAUACCUCAUUUGUUAACUGUCAAUUUAGAUCCAGUCAGAUGUUUAUGCAAGUUACAUUACUAAAAAAUCUUCACUAACCUAUAUGUAUUAACUUUACUAAUAUCAUUACCGAUAACAUCUGAAUUCAUAAAGGCUUGCUUCGUUGCAUGGGUUUCGAUUAGUACAGUCAUGCUUUCUUUUUUCUUCUUUUUUAUGAUUGUUUCAAACUAUGCACAACUUGUAUCUAAAGAAUUUAUAGGUAAAACUUAUGUAUUCACUGUUUGUGACAUUUUAACAGACUUGGUUUUUCUAAAGAGCUGUUUAUG